AUGCGUCUCACCACAAGCCAGCUCUUUGACCUCGCGGACCGUGAGCAACAAGGAGGAACUGGUCCCGUUGGCGAUAAGGAGGGUGAUAGCGACGGUGAGCAUGACGACGACGAGCCCGAUCCCGACGUGAUCUACUAUAUCAAGACGACUACACCGCAUAUCCGAGACGUUUCCGUUUCCGGCCCAUACAGCAAAUUGGAGGACGUACUUGAGCAAUUGCUCGUCAAAGUCCGCAUAGCCAAGAGCAAGGAUGCCGAGCGGACUCUAGAUGAGAUGGUCUACAGUGGACAGGCGCCCGCCCUGGUCCAUCUGAGUUGCCCCUUGCCGGACGGGAAUAUCAUGAAGCUCGAGCUUUUGAAGCAAAAGAACCCCGAGGUUGCGAGACACUUGCCUGGAAGUGUCUGGUACAUCAUUGUCGCGACGCCUUUCCUGGACCGCACUGCGCUUGGACGCUCGGGCUGUGUGCCGGUCCAAGACUUGGACCUUUACGAGACGUUUACGACCAAAGAAGCUGCCAACGCCGCGGCCUCCAGGCUCUUGAAGUGGUUGAAAGCUGAAGAGGGAGUGGGCGCGUUGAUGCAGGAAUUGGUUGGGGAUGGGGGCCGGCUGAACGGGUUCGUUAUGUCUGCGGACCGCCGUUCCACGCGUAUGGUUCAGGUCAAUCACGAUGAUGGCCGAAUAAAUCAAGUAGAUGAGCACGGAAACCCUCUAUGA